GAGAGAGAGAGAGAGAGAGAGAGAGUGCAGUGUUUCUCUACUGGAGGGUCUGCUGUCUGAACGCACAGCCGCUGAACUACACCUCCAGGCCGACCAGCGACCGGCCGCCGCCGCGCUCCCCGCAUGGAGGACUCUUUCUCCGGGCACAGGUGUGUUUAUGACGCGAGGGCAGCUGAUGAACUGUCAUCUGUGUGCUGGAGUCAAACACAAGGUGCUUCUGCGGAGACUCUUGGCCACCUUCUUCGACAGGAACACACUGGCCAACAGCUGCGGGACUGGGAUCCGCUCCUCCACCAGUGACCCCAGCCGAAAACCACUGGACAGUCGAGUGCUGAACGCCGUCAAACUUUACUGUCAGAACUUUGCUCCCAGCUUUAAGGAGAGUGAGAUGAACGUGAUCGCGGCUGACAUGUGCACUAAUGCGCGGCGCGUGCGUAAACGCUGGCUGCCCAAGAUUCAGUCCAUGCUGCCGGACGGGAUGGAGGUGUACCAGGGCGCGGGGCCGUGUGCAGGAGCGGGUCUGGGUGUUCCGCUGCCCUUCGAGAUGGACUUUAAAAACCUGCUUCCCUCGGCCCUGAGUCUGGAGCCGCGGCUGUACGGCGAGCGCAGGGAGACCAGCAGGACUGACCCGCCGCAGGACGGAGACCCGCAGCAGCACACUGGAGACCCAGAGGAGGCACUGGGGGAGGGCUUUAGCCAGGGCGGGGGAGUGGCUGAUGAGGCCACACCCCCUGAUGGACAGCAGGAGGAGGAGGAGUUUGUGGAUGAGCUGAGAGUGAACAGACCGUGACGAGCCGGUCAGACUGAAGAAGAAACACACAAACACACACACACACAUGCUCAUAUAUACAUACACACCCAUAAACACACAUAUGAACAUACAUACACACACACAUACACACAAAUAUAUA